GCAGUGUCUCUGCGAUGCGCCUCAUACGCGGACAGCAGGCAUCACAGGCGCGCUUCGCUCGUUUAUAACUGCGCUUUAUCCCGUCUUGUUUUCUUUUCUUUUCUUUUUUUUCUUCUCCCUCCCCUGCCCUCCCUGGAAUCCGCUGAAGUCGCCGUUAAACGAGACACCCCCUGGUGUAUUUUUAGUGAGGCACGGCGGAGAUGAGAGGCUGGAAGCCGGCGGUGAGACCGAGCGGUGCCGCGCCGUGUGGGAACUGAAGCUCCAGCUUCUACAAGAAUGAAGUCCAGGCGAGAUAAACUGAAGAUCCCCUCCCUGACUCUGGAUCUCUCCCCCACUUGCCAGAGCCCGACCCUCCUGAGCCCAUGCAGUCCCUGCAGUCCCUGCAGCCCCUUACAAACCCUGCACCCCUGGAGCUGUCGCAGCAGCAACAGGAAGAGCCUCGGCGUCGGGACGCCCUCGCCCACGCUGUCGCGGCCGCUUUCCCCGCUCUCGCUCAACACAGCCGUGAGCAGCCCUCUAGACAGCCCUCGAAAUGUGUCGACCAGUGCCUGCCUCAACUUUCCAUUUGCCCGAAGCCACUUGGCUCGCGCUGAAAGAGCUGAGGGCCGACGUUGGUCUCUGGCUUCCCUUCCUUCGUCCGGCUAUGGCACCAACCCUCCGAGCUCCACCGUCUCGUCGUCCUCGUCCUCCCAGGAGCGUCUUCACCAGCUUCCUUACCAGCCGACGCAAGAUGAGCUCCACUUCCUCUUCAAGCACUUCCGCAGCACCGACAGUAUUACCGACGAGGACGGACGGCCCUCGCCGCUCAUACGGCCUCGGUCAAGGAGCCUCAGUCCCGGGCGAUCAACCACCUCCUUUGACAACGAGAUAGUCAUGAUGAACCAUGUUUACAGAGAGCGUUUUCCAAGGGCCACAGCCCAGAUGGAGGAGCGCUUGUUGGAGAUUGUCACGCACUACUCUCCAGACAGCUCCCUCCCGCUGGCUGACGGCGUGCUGGGCUUCAUCCAGCACCAGUUGGUGGAGCUGGUCAGAGACUGUCUGGACAAGUCUCAGAAAGGCCUGGUGACGUCUCGCUAUUUCGCCGAGCUGCAGGAGAAGCUGGAAAAGCUGCUGCACGAGGCCUUCGAACGCUCCGAAAGUGAGGAGGUGUCCGUCAUCACCCGGCUGGUGCGGAAGAUCCUCAUCAUAAUCUCCCGGCCGGCUCGUCUCCUUGAAUGCCUGGAGUUUGACCCGGAGGAGUUUUAUCACCUGCUGGAGGCAGCGGAGGGCCACGCCAAGGUGGGCCAGGGGAUCAAGACUGACAUCCCACGGUACAUCAUCAGCCAGCUCGGUCUAACCCGAGACCUGCUGGAAGACAUGGUGCAGCUUGAACAUGAUGCCAGUCCCUCAGUGUCACGGGAGCCAGAGGCUGCUGUAGAGAAUAAAGCCCCACAGACGCUGACUCCAACCCGAAGGAAACCUCUGGAGAGCGACUUUGAGACAAUCAAACUCAUCAGUAACGGAGCUUAUGGGGCCGUGUAUUUGGUGCGCCACAAAGAGACACGGCAGCGCUUUGCCAUGAAGAAGAUAAACCGUCAGAACCUGGUGCUGAGGAACCAGAUCCAGCAGGCCUUUGUGGAGCGGGACAUCCUGACUUUCGCCGAGAACCCCUUCGUCGUCUCCAUGUUCUGCUCCUUUGAGACGCGGCGCCACCUCUGCAUGGUCAUGGAGUAUGUCGAAGGUGGCGAUUGUGCAAACUUGCUGAAGAACAUGGGCCCUCUGCCUGUAGAAAUGUCCAGGAUGUAUUUUGCCGAGACCGUCCUGGCACUGGAGUACCUUCACAACUAUGGCAUCGUGCACCGCGAUCUUAAACCUGACAAUUUGUUGAUCACAUCCAUGGGUCACAUCAAGCUGACCGACUUCGGCCUGUCCAGAAUCGGCUUGAUGAACAUGACCACCAACCUGUAUGAGGGUCACAUAGAAAAAGACACCAGGGAGUUCAUCGACAAACAGGUGUGCGGCACGCCCGAGUACAUCGCUCCGGAGGUGAUCCUCCGACAGGGCUACGGAAAGCCGGUGGACUGGUGGGCGAUGGGGAUCAUCCUCUACGAGUUCCUGGUCGGCUGCGUUCCGUUUUUUGGAGACACGCCCGAAGAGCUUUUCGGGCAGGUCGUCAGCGAUGAAAUCAUUUGGCCAGAAGGAGACGAUGCCUUACCCGCUGAUGCCCAGGGCCUGAUCACCCGCCUCCUGAGGCAGAGUCCUUUAGAUCGACUGGGAACAGGUGGCGCCUCCGAGGUGAAACAGCAUCCUUUCUUUGUGGGUGUGGACUGGAACGGACUCCUCAGACAGAAAGCGGAGUUCAUUCCUCAGCUGGAAGCAGAAGACGACACAAGCUACUUUGACACUCGUUCCGAUCGCUACCACCAUUUGGCGUCGGAUGAAGACGAGGAAACUAACGAUGAAGAGUCGUCUUUGGAAAUCAGACAGUUUUCCUCCUGGUCGCAUCGCUUCAGCAAGGUUUACAGCAGCACAGAACAUCUGGCCACACCAUCCAACCUGAGCUUCUCUUCAGACCGCAGCCACAGCGAAGAGAAGGAGGACCGUGGGGAUGUGGGAGGGCUGAGUCUGUCCCUGAGCCCAGCAGAGGGCUGCCUGGAGAACAGACACUCCGCACGCAUGGCCAGCCUUCGGCCUCGGGCUUCCUCCAGUUCCUCGCAGUCUGAGAGGAGCACCAGUCCACUGGUGAUGAGCAGCACCCACAGCCUGGAAACGAUGCCCCGCUUCGCCCUCUCCACCGACGAUGAAGCUGAAGUGGUGGUGUCAAACCUCCGGAGGAUCCGGAUCCGCAGCAACAGCACCGGGGCCAAGCACUCAUCCCCCAAGGACCCAGCAGGCCCGCGGCGCUUCGGUAACCAGCUGGAGACACCGGACAGGCAGAGGCUUCCCUGCGGAGGGAAGGUUCCCAAGUCGGCGUCCGUCUCAGCCCUGUCCCUCAUCAUCACCGCAGAUGACUCACCAAGUGGCCUGCAGCCCAGUCCCAUUUCUCCACGUUCGCUGUCUUCCAACCCCUCGUCUCGUGACUCUUCCCCUAACAGAGACUUCUCCUUCAGCCCUGCCAGCCUAAAGCCUCCAAUCGUCAUCCACACCUCAGGGAAGAAGUACGGCUUCACCCUGCAGGCCAUCCGCGUCUACAUGGGCGACAGCGACGUCUACACCGUCCAUCAUAUGGUGUCGAGUGUGGAGGAGGGCAGCCCGGCUCACCAGGCAGGUCUCAGCACCGGAGACCUCAUCACCCACGUGAACGGAGAGUCUGUGCAGGGCCUGGUCCACCCCGAGUUGAUAGAGCUGCUCCUGAAGAGCGGCAACAAGGUGGCUCUGCAGACCAUAGCCCUGGAGAACACAUCGAUCAAAGUGGGUCCCGCUCGGAAGACCAAGCACAAAGGCAAGAUGGCCCGACGUAGCAAGAAGAGCAGAAAAAGAGACAAUUACGACAGGCGACGGACCAUCUUAAAGAAGCUGUCCAAGCAGAGCACGGUGAUGCACAGCAGCCGCAGCUUCUCCUCAGGCCUCCAUCACUCCGUGUCCUCCAGUGAGAGCCUCCCAGGCUCCCCGACACACAGCUUGUCCCCGGGGCCCUCUACGCCCUGCAGGAGCCCAGCUCCGGAUCAUCAGGGCUGUGACAACUCUCCUCAGAGCACGUCUCCUUGCUCGAGCUCUCCCAGCUCGCCCGCUACGCACAUCCGACCCAACUCUCUGCACGGCCUCGGCUCCAAACUCAGCACGCAGCGCUUCAACAAGGUGGGCCGUCGGAAGUCCACCAGCAACAUCCCCCCGUCUCCCCUGGCCUGCAACUCCUCCUCCUCGUCCUCCAACCAGCCGCUGUCGCCGCAGCGCUCGCCGUCCCCGCUGCCGGGCUUCGCCAAGACGCUCCACGCCUACCACGGUAAAACCCUGUCGCCCCCCACCAUCGUCAGGCACGUCGUCCGGCCCCGCAGCGCCGAGCCCCCGCGCUCCCCUUUGCUCAAGAGGGUGCAGUCGGCCGAGAAGCUGUCGGGCGUGUACCUGGCCGACAAAAAGCCCUACGCCCCCCGCAGGCACACGCUGGAGGUGCCGUACUACUGCGAGGGCGACCUGCUGGGCGACUCGGAGGCGGAGGAAGGCUGCAGGAGCUUCUACGUCGGGGCGGACCACAAAAGAAGCAGCAUGGGCGGCCAAAGGAUGCGGGACUCCGGGACGGAACGGUCGGAGCAGCUGGUCGUGAUGCGGAAGCUCAACCUGUCAGAGCGACGGGACUCCUUCAAGAAGCAGGAGGCGGUGCAGGAGGUGAGCUUUGACGAGCCGGAGGAGAAAAGCAGCGGCGGCGGCGGCGGCUGCUCGGUGACGGGAGCCGCCGCAGCGCCGGGGCUCCAGACGAGACCCCUGCAGCUGCAGCAGCAGCACCGGACAGUCUGGACGGUAAGCCGGCCGCAGAGCAGAGAGGAGGCGGAGCCGGAGGCGCCGGUCGUCAGGAGGUUCACGCUGGUCCCGCAGAUCGCCGUGCAGGGCUCCACAGAGAGCGAGGAGCAGGACGAGUGGGAGCCCUGCUCCGACGGAGAGGAGGACAAUGAAGACCCCGAGCCGGAGUCCGCGGGAGCCGCUCCCUCCGCUCACCAGGGUGCGUCUCAGAGCGCCGAGAGCAGCGAGGGGACCCGGCAGAAAGAUCCCCCCAGGAAGUGACGCUGCGGAUGAAGCCGGGCUGUUUGCACUGCGGCCCAAAUGAACUCGACUCCCGGAAGAAGCUCCUACUUGAAUUUUGUAUUGUAAAACGAUUUGCAGACUUUCCGGUCAUAUUUAUUUUGUUUGUAACAAAAAGAGGGACAGGGAAAGCUUCUCAGUGUCUGAAAAGCCAAGGUGAAAGCUUUUUUUUUUUUUUU